UACACGCACGCCCCUGGCUCGUACCCUGUCCCCUAGCCCCCGCCAGGCUGUCGGGGUGGCGGAUGUCGCCGGCGGCGGGAGGUCGUUCGCUCCCGCGGGCAGGGUCGCAGCGUGCAUAGGGGCCGCGGGCAGGCGCUACCCCACACCAUGCUGGCCGCCGCUUGGCUGGGCAGGGAUUUCUGGGGGCUCCUCCGUGGCGCGGGGCGGAGGCGGCCGGGCGGCGGCGCCAGGCCUCUGGCUAGCCGACCCGGGGCGGUGGCUGAGGCAGUGGAGGGGCGCGGCGGGGGGGCGGGCGGCGACCGCCAUGGCAACAGCGGCGUCUUCUGCCUGGCGGUGAGUGCGGGGGCUCUGGCGCGGCCAGGCGCCGCGCCCGCCUUGCGGCAGCACCAACGACUGCUGCGCGAGCACCAACAGCUGCUGCGCGCGCCCGCUGCUGCCUGGCGCCUCCUCAGUGGCGGGGCCGGGUCGCGACGAGCGGGUCGCGGCGAAGUCGUGCCGCCGGAGCGCCCCCGGGAGAAGCGUGUGGUGGGGCGCUAUGCCGAGCUGUCAAUUGCUUCAGCGGACAUGGAUUUGAAUCAACUGGAGGCUUUUCUCACUGCCCAAACCAAAAAACAAGGUGGCAUCACGUCAGAUCAAGCUGCAGUCAUUGCAAAAUUUUGGAAGAACCACCGAAUAAAGAUCCAUGAGAGCCUGAUCAAUCAAAGCUGUUGGGAUAAUAUCUUGAAAAACAUGAACUGGCGAGUGGAUCUGAAGUCACAGUCAAGACACGUCGAUCAGAUAAACACUCCUGUUGCAAUAGUUGAAAUGGAACUGGGAAAAAAUGGGCAGGAAUCGGAGUUUCUCUGUCUGGAGUUUGAUGAGGCCAAGGUGAGCCAGAUGCUGAAGAAACUCUCAGAAAUAGAGGAGAGUAUGACUUUGUUGACUCAGACCACUUAACCAAAUAAAGACACUGCAACUCAGAAAAGAAAUGACCCUCGCUACUUUUUCAUAUUUCCUGUUUCUGCACAUAAAAUAGGUAAUGAUUGUUAAAUCCUGGUUGUAACUGCACAAUGCAUUCACAACCAAGUAUGGGCUAAGUCACACUGUUAAGCUUUCUCUGACCCCUCUUCCAGGCCAGAGGCAGCUCCAAGGCAGCGGUGGCACUGUUCACAUAAAGCUUUGCAUAAUCAAACCUUUGAGUGUAGCGUAGCUUUUCUCUUUUUCCACUCAAUCAAUUUUUGAGUCUUCCAGAUGCUGUAAAUACUGGGCUGGAUGAGCAGCAAAGGUAAAUUGGCCAGGUGUGGUAGGGGAGAAAUGAGUAGAAGAAACACACGGACUAGGUGGGGACUCAUGUUUAACCUUUCAAACCAUGGGCUAUGUAGGACAAAUCCACUUCUGUGAACUCUGCCUGCUUAGAGCUUAAACCCUGGGAAAGCAGAUGAAGUGCAGCAAGUUCAGGGAGCAGAAACACAAAUGUACAUUUAUGUAAUUGUGAGGCUCUGUUCCCAAGGGUGCGAGGUGGCCAACUUUGCUGGCCCAUUGAGUCACACCUUCCCCAUGCCACAGGCAGCCAGGGGACAAUUGUGGGAGCAUCUCUUGGGUGGUGGGAGGCAACACUGGUGUUCCAAAUGGAGCAGCCCUCCUGUAUGUGCUGAGCGUCUGAUCCAGCAACCUGCUGGUGAGCCUUCAAAGUCACUACUGAUCUGCUUCCCUGAAGACCGUCCACCCUCAUCAGCCUUCUGGCUCUCGAGCUGUAGUGGUGCAGCCCUGGCACUGAGCUGCACGGUGUGUUUGAGAGGACCGUGCUUUCUCAGGGCACAGUUAACUUGGCUGCUCUUAGUCCUGUUUGUCAUGUUUGUCUUGACCUCAAAAAAGUCCCAGAUUAAACCCAGGGUUUCUAGUGUGUGUGUGUUCAGCUUAGAAUUCGGAUAAAAGGUAAACUUGGCAGGUUAAAGCCCUGUUGAUAAAAUAGUUGUGUGAAGAAAGCUUCCAGAGGCAGAUAAGGUAUGUACAGGGCACCAUGAUCUGAACUGCCCAGGCUGCUGUGGCUCUUGGUUGUCACCAGCACCCGCAUCUCUCUGCCACAUUACCAAACUGCAGAGCAACCGCUACCCUUCUGGCUAAAGCAGACUGAGCAGAAAUGCUUUCCGUUUCAGGUAUUUCCGUUCAGGGGUGCAACCUUGUCGGCCUUGUCACAGCAGGAUUUGUAACCACGCUUACCAGCUUAUCAGAGCAGGAGGACAUCGAGGGGCUGUUCUGAGCAGCCUAAUGCUUGUAUGGAGCGUGAUAGUCCCUAGCAGAGAACUACCUGACAGUCCAUAAAAUGGUGAUGGACCAGGUGGAGAUGACAUGGGCUCACUGUUUUGCUUUAUUGCUUAAUGGGAAGGCGUGCACACGCUUUUGGUUGGAGGCUACACUGAUGCUUUCCAUUUUAAUUUAGCUUCAUGAGCAGCCUCCUCCUGAGCUAAAAUUGUAUUGAGGGCUCGUACCAAGAUAGAGAUGACAACAUAAAAUGUUCUUGUGCCAUAACUAAAGUACUCCUCAUUGCUUCUCCUUGUGAAUUUAUUGCUUGUGGAGUUGCCAGAUUGUACUUGGAAGCAAACUCUCCCUUCAGAGCAAGGGAGGGUCACCUUUUCCCAUCUGCCUAGUCAGAAGGAAAAGCAUCACUCAAGCCAAUUUGUAUCACCUCAUUGGGAAUUAACAUUUCCUUUCCUGUGCCUGUCCCACUGCCAUCUCAUCUCUUACAGCCACCUGGUUCUUCCCUCCAUCUCGGGGAGGGACUGCGCAGCCCAUAGCUCCUCGCUUUCCCCAUCUGCCUCCAGCUGAUACUUGUCCAAGUAGAACUGGACUGUGACCACCAACUGAUCCUCCUGCCCGUCCCCACAUAACCAGCUGCCGGCAUGGGUGUGAAAUGCUGAGUGGUUGCCGAUUCUCUGAGCUUUCCACUUACUUUCUCAUCAAAGUUCAUUAAAAUGUUUUUCUGUGUGUUAGAGCAUCUUUAAAAAAAAUACAAAUCAAGGUCAGGGAAGGAUCAUGAUCUUAAGUAACUUGCACCGUGUCAAACAUACUUAUUGUUUUAUUUUAACAUGGUCAGAGGAUAGGAAAAUGUGCUAUAAAUGGAAAUUAAAGAGAAACAAACUGGGAACAGAUGACAGGAAGUAUUAUUUCAUGCAAAGAAUAAUAAAUAUGUGAAAUGGCUAACCAGGCAAGGAGGCUGAGGCAAAAAAUAUCGGGGUCAUUUAAGAAACAAUUGGAUACUUUCCUAGCAGAGCUGAGAAGUUAAAAAGGGGCAUAUUUUAAUGGGUGGCCACUUCUCUCUCUUCCUAAUCCUCCCUCCUCUGAAUAUCUAAUGAUCCUGAUUUUCUUCUUGGUGGAUGUUUGUAAACUACCAUGCAAAACUGGAAAAAAUAAAGCUGAGUGCUUUGAGGACCACCCUCUGCCCAGCCCUUGGUAAGGGCACAGGAGUGUCACUGGGCAGCAAAAUCGUUUCUGCCUCACAAGGUUUGAUGUGGGCAGGAAAAGAGGAUGCUGCGCUUCCCCAGACUGCUGUAAUGCCCAGCUGCUACUGGGACCCAGAGACCGUCCCCCUUGAGCAGGACCAUGCCUUCCUACUGGGAUGGUUUUUGUGUGUGGGUCCAUUGGUCUGUCCCUCGCUAGGGAGUUUUCAACCUACUAGCCGCUCUUGGCUGAACGUAAUGGAGAAGAGGCCUCCGACGCUGCCCUGCUUUGCUUCCUUGAGUGAAGGACACAAGCACCCAUGGCUUUUCGUUGGGAUUUAUGGGUGUUCCUAGCUUUCAAUGGUCCCUCUAAAUAUCUCUGUGGUAUUGGGAAAUGAAAGCUGCUGUUUAUGCACUUCAGGAGAGAUUUCAAAAUCCUUUCCCAAAGCCCAGAUGUAAACCAGACUUGACCUGAAUGCGUGGCCAGGGAGUUCCCACUGUGGCUCGGGCCAUACAUGGAUGCUGGCCUCCUGCGUGGGUCCAUCCAAGCAGACAUCCCAGCACAGCCCUGUUUUGGAAACCACUCCUGUCCACCAUGGCACCAGCUCCUGUGCCUGCAUGCUGAGCCAUGCCAGCAGUGUGACACCAGGUCCAACAACUCCUCCUCCUCUUCCUCCUUCCUUCAGGGGAACAGCCACGUGGCAGCGUGCCCUGAGCUGCCAGUUUAGCCUGCCGGGCAGUUGGUAUAUUUACAGCAGGGAUAUGAGCAGCCCAGCACAGCCAGAGGAAGAAAGUGAGGGAGACAGGGAAGCAGCAGGAGGAAGGGCUGAAGGAGGCCCCCUGCAUGAGUCCCACCUGGGAGAGGUUUCCCUGCCUGGUCCUCAAAAUCAGCCAGGGAAGGAGCUGGGACACAACACAUGCCAUGCUCCGAUAUCCUUAACCUCAGAAAACUCCCCUUCAUACCUGCCCCCCUGCAGGCGUACCUGCCUGCCGUCUGCCCAGUCUCCAUCCUUCUUGGUUUACUAAACUAAAAGCCACUCGUGAGUGGGACUGUUGUGUGCUGCUGGACUGGGGCAGGCUGGGUUUUGAUCAAAGCCUGGAUAUUUAAACUAACCUGCAUCAUGUUGGUGGAGGCAGGGCAGAAGUGGCUAGGUAGAUGCUGCUCGGGCAGGGGACGGCACCCGGCACCACCAGCAAUUUCCUCCGCUCCCACUUUUGCUGGCGCUUUCCUGGGUGAUGACUCACCAAAGCCAUGGUGGAUUUGCCUUGCAGUGAGCGAGGGCUGCCACUGCAGCUCUGGCACCAUGUACAUGACAACUCCAGAUGUGUAACUCCAGAUAUGCAGCCCAUCCCAAGUUCUGCCACAUCUUACCAAAGACUUGUAAGCAGCAGCCGCAUGUUGUUGCAACCUUCAGCUGGUUCUUCCUCAGAUGUCACCUUUUGCACCACUAAAAUGCCCUGCCAUUUAUUCAUGCAAUCAUUUCUUGUUUUCUGGGAAUUCCUCCAACUUGCCACUCAUUUAUGAUCUGGUGCUCCCUAAAAUAUCUGCAAGUGCUGUCACCUUCAAUCGCACAUUACGCAAUUGGCAAGCCCUGCAUUCGCUCUCUGCUUGGCAAGAUUCCUCUUAGCGCCAUUUUCUUUUUUCUUGGUCCACAUAUUCCCAGAACUGCUGAAUUUUUAGAGUAUUUUUCUAGGCAUAUCUGUAUUUGAAAAAAAGUAAUAAUUUAAGCACACCAUGUUUUUCCGAAUCCAAGCCAAGCAAGCGCUGUAUUUCAUAAAGCUUUGGGCCAUGGAAAGGAGCAAAUGCAGAGGCAUACUUAUUUUAUAUUGGUGUUGAUUUACUUUCCCAUUGCUCAGAUUACUUAGUUUAAUUUUAUUUUAAAUUUUGUUUUUUGCUUCUCUUACAGGUCCUUUUUACAAGUGUAAAUGGCAGAAUUAACAUUUGUGCUUUUAUUGUAUUUCACAGGAUGGUUUUCACUGGUGUCUGUGACCUCCAUGUUUUAUUGUGCUUUAACUUUUUGAUAAACUGGUUGAUAUUUUGAGAGAUUUUCUUCUCUGUACACCAGUUCUUUGCUAUCUAUCAAUGAAAUAAAUCACUUACCA